CUUGAUUCCUUGCCUCCAGAGAUACUUUAAGCUACGUCACUAAUGCCGCAAUCCACCGCCAAACCGGUCUUCGACAAGCCCCUUAGGCUUCCCCUCUCCCAAGAGGAGAUCGACUCAAUCAACGCCUACCUCCGCGACGUGACCCCGGAGCAGAUCCUCGAGUGGGCUCAUGAACAUGUUCCCGGCCUCUUCCAGACGACGGCCUUUGGGCUCACGGGCCUUGUCGCCAUUGACAUGCUUUCGAAGAUCACCCCAAAUCCCCCUCCGCUGAUCUUCGUCGACACACUCUAUCACUUUCCAGAAACCUACGAGCUCGUCGAGGAGGUCAAGAAGCGGUACAAUCGCGACGUGCAUGUAUACAAGCCCAAGGGUUGCGAGACGGUGGAGGACUUCGAGAAAAAGCACGGGCAGAAGCUCUGGGAGGCGGAUGAGACGUUGUACGACUACCUCGUGAAGGUCGAGCCUGCUCGAAGAGCAUACGAAGAGCUCGGCGUGAAGGCGGUCAUCACCGGCCGCCGCGCAUCCCAAGGCGCAGAUCGCGCGAAUCUGCAGCCUCUCGAGGUCGACAACACCGGUCUCAUCAAGCUCAAUCCUCUCUUCGCCUGGACGUUCCCCUUCGUCCAGUGGUACGUCGACAACAACAAGGUCCCGCGCAACAAGCUCCUCGACCAGGGCUACCGUAGCAUUGGCGACUGGCACAGCACUGUGAAGAGCGGCGAGGGGGAUGCUGGUGAGCGUGCGGGCCGGUGGGCGGGCAAGCAGGAGAAGACCGAGUGCGGUCUGCAUGUGGAUUACUUCAAGCUGAAGGCGGAGGCUGAGAAGAAGCUAAAGGAGAAGGCUGCCGACCAACAGUCUUCAGAAAGUGCGUCGGCGCUGGCGGUCGAGGCGAUCGCAUGAUCGAGGAGGAUGCGUGGCUACUUGCUGCUCUAGGAAGCUAUCCACUCGUGUAUAGUAGCACUAUCUUAUGCUUUCG